CCGGCGAGGCGCGGGCGCCGGCGCGGCGAAGGGAUGGCGGGGCCUCCGGCGCCUCUCUCGGGACGGGACGUCGGAUCGUUCGCAUAUCUUACAAUUAAAGACAGAAUACCGCAGAUCUUAACCAGGGCUAUUGAUUCAUUACAUAGACAUAAAAAUGAAUUUUUUGAGAAACAUGGAGAGGAGGGUAUGGAAGCUGAAAAGAAAGCCAUUUCUCUUCUCUCCAAAUUACGGAAUGAAUUGCAAACAGAUAAACCAAUCAUCCCUUUGGUUGCAAAGUUUGUUGAUACUGACAUAUGGAAUCAAUACCUGGAAUAUCAACAGAGCCUUAUAAGUGAAAGUGAUGGGAAACCCAGGUGGUUUUACUCACCAUGGUUGUAUGUAGAAUGCUACAUGUAUCGCAGAAUUCAUGAAGCCAUAAUCCAGAGCCCACCAAUUGACUACUUUGAUGUAUUUAAAGAAUCCAAAGACCAAAAUUUCUUUGAGUCGCAGGAGUCAGUCAUCACUCUGUGUACACACCUGCAGGAGCUGAAGAACAGGAUGGAACACCUCAGCAGAGAGCAGUUGAAAGAGGAGUUCUUCAGGCUCCUUCAGAUUUCACUGUGGGGCAAUAAGUGUGAUCUCUCUCUCUCGGGCGGAGAAACUAGUGCUCAGAAGAGCAAUCUAAUAAAUUCUUUGGAUGAUCUAAAACCUUUCAUUUUAGUCAAUGACAUGGAACGCCUUUGGUCAUUACUUAGCCAUUGCAAGGAAGCGGAGAAAGCAUCUGCAGUUAGAGUGACUAUUGUUCUGGAUAAUUCUGGAUUUGAACUUGUUACAGAUUUAAUAUUAGCUGACUUCUUGUUGUCCUCAAAACUGGCUACUGAGGUCCAUUUUUAUGGAAAAACUAUCCCAUGGUUUGUUUCUGAUACAACUAUAUGUGAUUUUUACUGGUUAACUAAACAAGUAAAGCACUCUAAUCAUAAGUGGAUGUCCAGGUGUGGGGUUGACUGGAGAAACUAUGUAAAAACGGGCAGGUGGGUUUACCGUGACCAUAUAUUUUGGACCCUGCCUCAUGAAUUCUGUGCAAUGUCUCAAGUUGCUCCUGACUUAUAUGCUGAACUGCAAAAGGCACAUUUGAUUUUAUUCAAGGGUGAUUUGAAUUAUAGAAAGUUGACAGGCGACAGAAAGUGGGAGUUUACGAUUCCAUUCCACCAGGCUUUGACUGGCUUCCAUCCUGCUCCGCUCUGCAGUAUAAGAACGUUAAAGGCUGAGGUCCAGGUUGGUCUGCAGCCUGGGCAAGGGGAGCAGCUGGCAGCGGCUGACCCCAGCUGGCUGACCACGGGGAAAUACGGAAUAUUUCAGUUCGAUGGCCCGCUUUGACUUGGCAUAGGAGCCAUACAUUUUGUGGAAAGAUCUGACAGGCUCUUUGCAUCCCCAAAAAGCAGUGUGAGCUUAAUCACUUGCUGCUUGUCAUCUGCUCUGUGAGGCUUGGCUUCUCAGCACUUACACACUUGGGAUGCAUUUUUUGGGUAUGGGGAGGUUGGAAGGGAAGAUUUUGCCCUGUUAAGUUGUUCUGGUGAUAGAUGGAUUAAGGUAGUCACAGGUACUUACAUUGAAGUUGGAAUUUUAGUCACUUCAAGAUAAAAGUAUCAUUUCAAGUCUCUUGAAUCAACUUGUUUGUAGUUGGGUAGAAAGCAAAAUAGAAGUUAAGUUCUUUUCAAGUUAGCUAACAUUGCUUUUAAUCCUGUGUUGCAUGGCAUUUAAUAUUUUAGGGAGCAUGGAGUUUUAUUUAACUUAAUUUGAGGUUCUAAAAAUAAGGGCUCCGUGAAGACAUGGACGCUUUAUUAAGAGAGGCUUUCUUACAACUGUGAUGUUUGAACAUGCGAAAGCAAAACUUACCUCAUAUGUUAUUUAUAACUUGUUCUCCUUGAAUUUUAUUUUGUCUCAAUAGCAUGUUUCAUUUGCAUGUAUUUGUAUUUUGAUUGACCUGUGGAAUGGGUGGUAGGAAACACAGCCAGGAUGAAACAACUGAUAUUUGAAGAAAUGUAGUAUCGUUUAUGCCCUAUUAUGAUUGCUAGAAUCAACUGAAAUAUGUUAUUUUAAAGAGUGCUUUAAAUGAGCAGAUUUUUAGAUUGCUCUGCAGUUAAAAAAAAAAUGCUUUAGAUAGAAAAAAAUCUUUGUGCAUUGAAUCUGGAGUACUAUCAGCAGUGAGUUCUUUUUUAAAAAAUGUUCUUACACAUUUAUUGGUGGUCACCAGCAUUUAAAGACUAAGUUCCAGGCCAAUUUAUUUUGAAACUGAAAUGGGGAAUAAAUCUGGAAAUGUUUUUUUGCACUAGAAUAAUAAAGUGAAUUAAUUGUACAGCUGAGUUCAUGGGUUUUAUUUUCCAGUGGGGGAAAGUCAAGCGGGGAAGAUUAAAAAUGAUGUUGAACUAAUAAAUUCAUAAUGUAUAUUACAGAGGUUGCCAAAGCAGUUCUUAUAUCACUUGUAAAUGAGGUGAUAGUCUCAGCCCUUGCUAAAGUAUUUUACAACAUUUUUGUAAAAUUUUUAUUUAAAGCUACAUAUUUUAAAUUUACUCUUUCCUAAUCUACACAUGUUCCUUAACUCUUUGUAGACACUCGAUGUAAAGCCAAGCUCACUUGUGUCCUGGCGUUGACUUGAGCUAGUGUAAGCAGCUGCUCUGUGAGACAUUACAGUUCUCAAAGCCUGGAUUUUUCUGUCUUUACCAUAUUUUAUUAAAAAACAUGAAAUGAGGAUGUCUGAAGUCGUUCACCCCUUCAAAAAAGAGCCAGGAAACAAACCACAGCACAAAAGCAAGGUGACACUGUGGAGAGAAAGUCAGUGGGUUAUUAAAAAUGCCAAGCAGCAAGAGAAGUCAGGAGAAAGACAAACACAGGACCUCACUGCUAUGUGAACUCUAAAGAAGCAAAGCAAACGAACAGACAAAACGAAACCAAAACAAAUCCUAGAAAUAGGACUGCAGAAUUGAGGCCACGGGGUGAGGGUGGGGGCACCAGUGUGGUC